AUGGCUACCAGCACGCCGCUCCCCUCUUUUACGAAUACCGUCGUGCAGGCUAUGCGGGAACUUUUCCCGGAGGCUUUGGCUGACAGUGCUUGGGACAAUACUGGAUUACUGCUUGACCAGGCUCAGGAUGCAAGACUUACUCAAAAGGCUGAGCCAACCGUUCUCCUGACCAACGAUCUCUCGGGCCCGGUCGUCGACGAGGCGUUGCAGGCCCAAGCCAGUAUCAUUGUGAGCUAUCACCCCGUCAUCUUCAGGGGCCUCAAAUCUUUGACAAACCGAGAUCCCAUGCAAGCAUCGCUGCUCCGCCUCAUAGCUGCUGGCGUCGCCGUCUACUGCCCACACACUGCUGUGGAUGCUGCCCAUGGCGGACUCAAUGACUGGCUGUGCGACAUAUUGGUGGACGGCAAAGUCAAGACCAAGUCCACCGUGCUUCAACCAAUCACCCGCACCCUCCCAGAAGCUCACCAAGGCACCGGCUAUGGCCGGAGUGUUGCUCUUGAAACCCCGAUGCCACUGAAGGACCUGCUCAGGAACCUUUCGGUCGGCCUUGGCAACCAGCGAUAUGUGUCGAUUGCAACCAAGUCAGGUCUCGAGCAGCAGAUUUCCAGCGUUGCUGUUUGCGCCGGGUCCGGCUCCGACAUCCUCCAAGACAGCGACGCCCAACUCUUGGUGACAGGCGAGAUGAGCCACCACGCCGCCCUGCGACACGUGCACCUAGGUCAGACGGUAGUGACCGUGUUCCACAGCAACUCUGAGCGCCAAUACCUGACGCAACGACUCAAGCCGAUGCUGGAGAAGAAACUCGAGGGUGCCUUGGGCGGCCAGGGUUUUUCGGUUUUGGUGAGCACAAAGGACCGGGACCCAUUUGAGACCAUCGAUGUUACACAGCUAUAG